AUGCCGAUCUCUCCCUCCCUCUCUCUCUCUCUCUCUCUCUCUCUAUAUAUAUAUAUAUAUAUAUAUAUAUAUAUAUAUAUUCUGUCCCAACCGUUCAUUAUCUAUCUAUCUAUCUAUCUAUCUAUCUAUCUACCAUAUUCUAUUUUGACUUUUCCUCUUGUCUGUCUGUUUGUUUCAUUCCUCCUCCUCCCUCUCUCUCUCUCUCUCUCUAUCUAUCUAUCUAUCUAUCUAUCUAUCUAUCUAUCUCUCUCUCUCUCUAUAUAUAUAUAUAUACUCACUAAAUUUUUUUCCUUCAUUUUUUAUUCAGUUUUUCAUUUUCUUUUCUAUUUUUCUUUCUUCAAAUUCUUCUUGCAAUCCAUAAUUCAUUUCUUUCUUUCUUCUUUCUUUUAUUCUUUCUUUCCUUUCUUUCUUCUUUCUUUCUCUAUUCCUUUCUUUCUUCUUUUUCUUUUUUCCCUCUUCUCUUCAUUUCAGUUUUCAUUCUUUCUUCAUUUCAUUUUUUCUUCUUUCUUGUCUCCUUUCUUUUUCUCAUUUUUCUUCUUUCUUCUUUCUCCCUUCCUUUCUUCAUUUCAUCUCCUUCCUUCCUUCUUUCAUUCGAUUCUUUUCUUUUUUAUUUUCUUUUUCCUUUAUUUCUUCAUACUGAUAUCGUCCUUUUGUCUCCUCGUCACCAUUCCACAUAUUAUAUCCACGUUUAUUACCGCCGAGACUUGGGACACUAAGCAGCCUAAUGUUAUGACAAGUCACAAAUUCAAUAUGGCGUCGGAUGAUAUGGUCUUUCUUUCUUGUUUGUGUGAAUUAUUUCCUUCUCCUUCGUUUAUUCUUACUCCCACCUUCUUUCCCGUUUUAUUCUUCGUUUUCUCAAUUUCCCUAUUAUUCUUUCGCAGUAUUUACUGGAUUAAUCUUCUUUUUUUUUUCGUAUUUUUUUCACACUUUCUUCUUUGUUUCGACUGUUUAUAUUCCGCAUACUCGCUUCUCUCUUUGUUUCUCUGUCGCCCCUCUCUCUUUGUUUCUCUGUCGCUCCUCUCUUUGUUUCUCUCUUGCUCCUCUUUCUGUUUCUUUCUCGCCCCUCUCUCUUUCUCUGGCUCUUUUUUCUUUCUCUCUCACUCCUCUUUGUUUCUCUUCCUCCUCUCUUUGUUGCUCUCUCUCUCCUCUCUCGCUCCUUUCUUUGUUUCUCUGCCGUUCGUCUCUUUGUUUCUCUCUCACUCCUCUCUCUGUUUCUCUAUAACUCCUCUCUUUGUUUUUCUCUCGCUCCUCUCUCUUUCUCUCUCGCUCCUCUCUCUUUCUCUCUCGCUCCUCUCUCUUACUCUCUCGCUUCCCACUUUGUUUUUCUCUCUCGCUCCUCUCUUUCUUUCUCUCUCGUUCCUUUCUUUGUUUCUCUCUCGCACCUCCCUUUCUUUCUCUCUCGCUCCUCUCUCUUUCUCUCUCGCUCCUCUCUCUUUCUCUCUCGCUCCUCUCUCUUUCUCUCUCGCUUCCUUCUUUGUUUCUCUCUCUCGCUCCUCUCUUUCUUUCUCUCUCGUUCCUCUCUUUGUUUCUCUCUCGCUCCUCUCUCUGUUUCUCUCUCGCGCUUCUCUCUUUGUUCCACUCUCUCGCUUCACUCUUUGUUGCUCUCUCUCGCUCCUUUUUUUGUUGUUCUCUCGCUUCUCUCCUUCUUUCUCUCUCCCUUCACUCUUUCUUUCUCUCUCGCUCCUCUCUUUGUUCCUCUUUCGCUCCUCUCUUUCUGUCACUCUCGCUCAUCUCUUUGUUUCGCUCUCUCGCUUCUCUCUUUGUUCCUCUCUCGCUCUUCUCUUUCUUUGGCUUCUGUCUCUCUCAUCCCUCUUUCUCUUUCUAUCUCUCCCUUUCACUCUCUCUCUUGCUUCUCUCUCGGUUAACUCGUUUCUCUCCCGUGCUUCUCUCUUUCUUUGGCUUCUCUCUCUUAUUUCUCUCAUCUCUAUCAUUCACUCUCUCUUGCUUCUCUCUCGGUUCUCUCCAUCUUUCAAUUCCCCCCUUCUCUCAAUUCUCUCUCUCUCUCUUUCGCUUGUCGCUCUUUAUGGAUACUUCUUUUCACCCUCCCAACUAUGGAUUAAAUAUUAA